CAGCAAUCGGCGCUCCAUUGGUUGUCUCCUUGAUGUUGGUUCAGCUCCCAACAUCAUCUUCCUGACGUGACGUCGACAAUCCUCUCCUUUCCAUCUCAAAAGCGCUCUCAGCCGUCCUCCUUAGCACCGCUCGUCGCAACCACCUCACACACUCGCGUGUGCGCUCACAUUACCAGCCCGCAUCGCGGGCUUAUCGAUCACCAUGUUGUCGACAUCGAUGCCCAAGAAAUGCUUGUUCCCGCUGCUGGCAGCCUUCACAUUACUCCUGUUGAUAGCGGGACACUACUCGUACAACAAUCUCGGCGAUGGGAGCAUUCUCCGCCGCCCCAACACCAACAGAGUGGCAACCCCAUCCUCCCUCCUCAAGCAGUCCUUCCCCACCAAGAUCUGGCAGAGCUGGAAGGACGACUCAGAGGACCCAACCGAACGCACAGUCGGCUUCCCGCACCAGUGGCGGGUCGUCAACCCGACCUGGCGGUACGAGCGCAUCACAGACGGCAACAUCGAUGCGUACGUGGGGGAGCGCUUCGCGAAGACAGACCCGGCGCUCGUCGAUGUCUUUACCGCCCUGAGUGACACCAUCCUCAAGGCCGACUUCCUCCGCUACCUCAUCCUGCUGCGCGAGGGCGGCGUCUGGGCCGACAUCGACGUCUACCCGCACCGCCCCGUCGCCGAGUGGGUGCCCGAGCGGUACCGUGACCGUGUGAAUUUGGUGGUGGGCAUCGAGAAUGAUCAUCAUAAGAAGCCCAUCUGGCCGGGCUCGCCGUACUCGGUGCAGUUAUGCCAGUAUACGGUGCUGGCUAAGCCGGCGCACCCGGCUGUGAGGGUGCUGGUGGACCAGGUGGCGGGGAAUCUGCAGCGGCUGGUGCAUGAUAAGGGGACUGGGGGUGCGGUCACGUUUGAGGAUGUCAUGGCGACGACGGGGCCGUUUGCGUUUACAAAGGUGUUGAUGGACUAUUUCACCAAUGUGACGGGGGUGGUGCACACGGGGGAUGAGUUGGAUGAUCUGGCGGAGCCCCGGCUGAUUGGGGAUGUGCUCGUUCUACCGAAGGACAGCUUUGGGUGGCUUCCGCAGGAGCAUACGCACGACAAGGGGGACCCGAUGAUUUUGGUGGAGCAUUUGUUUAUUGCUUCUUGGAGGGCGGGCCACCCGGGCUGAGAAGUGUGAGCAGUAGGCGAUGAUGCUACAACGACCGAGAGCAUGGAUGCGCAUACAUUCGCAGUGUUGGGGUAUCGGGCCGCUUCUCCGGGAGGCCGGAUGAUACUUAGCGGGGACGGGACUAAUGUGGUCAACCAAAAGUUGAACCCGGCGGAACACCGUUUGAAACGUGUGGCACAAGGCAAGGAAGAACGACGUGUUGCAAAGUUGAGCAGUUUGA